CUGAUACUAGAUACUAGAUGUUUAUAAUAUUUAUUGUAAAUGAUUUUAAAAUAUUAUUUUUUCUAAAAAAAUGAGUAAAUUAUUAACACAAACUGGUGUAAAACUUUUAUAUUGUUUACCUUCAUUAAUAUGUAGCAAUGCUAAAUAUUCUACAAAUGCAUCACAACAAACUGUAAAAGUUCGUGAACAAAUUUAUGAGCGUAAAAAACGUGCUUUAGAUGGUGGUGGACAAAAAAGAAUUGAUGCUCAACAUAAAAAGGGGAAAUUAACUGCGAGAGAACGCAUUCAAUUACUUUGCGAUGAAAACACAUUUAUCGAAUAUGAUAUGUUCAUGGAACAUACAUGUACCGAUUUUGGAAUGGAAAAUUCAAAGUUUGUAGGUGAUUCGGUAAUAACCGGCCAUGGGCAAAUACAUGGGCGACCAGCUUUUGUAUUUAGUCAAGAUUUUACGGUAUUCGGUGGCAGCUUAUCAAGUGUUCAUGCGAAAAAAAUAUGUAAAAUAAUGGAUCAAGCUUUAUUGGUUGGUGCACCUGUUAUUGGGUUGAAUGAUUCAGGAGGUGCCCGAAUUCAAGAAGGUGUUGAAUCGUUAGCUGGAUAUGCGGAUAUAUUCCAAAGGAAUGUUUUGGCUUCUGGUGUUGUACCACAGAUAUCACUAAUUAUGGGACCAUGUGCUGGAGGUGCUGUUUAUUCACCAGCUAUAACUGAUUUUACAUUUAUGGUCGAAGAUUCAUCUUAUUUGUUUAUAACUGGGCCUGAUGUAGUUAAGUCAGUAACAAAUGAAGAUGUCACACAAGAACAAUUAGGUGGGGCACAAACGCAUACUUCAAUGUCAGGUGUAGCUCAUAAAGCAUUUGAAAAUGAUGUUGAAGCAUUAAUUCAAGUACGAAAUUUAAUGAGCUAUUUACCACAAUCAAAUACAUCAUCUUCCCCUGUAAGACCCUGUACAGAUUCUAUUGACUGUGAUAUACCAUAUUUAGAUUCAAUUAUCCCGUUCGAUUCAACAUCAGCAUAUGACAUGCUGGACGUAAUUCAUGGAACUGUAGAUGAAAGGGAAUUUUUUGAAAUAAUGCCAAAGUAUGCUAAAAACAUUAUAACUGGAUUUGGUCGUAUGGGUGGGCGAACAGUGGGAAUACUUGGCAAUCAACCAAAAGUUGCCGCAGGAUGUUUGGAUAUUAAUGCAUCGGUGAAAGGAGCACGAUUUGUUCGUUUUUGUGAUGCAUUUAACAUUCCAGUCAUAACAUUUGUAGAUGUACCAGGGUUCUUACCGGGAGUUAAUCAAGAGUAUUCUGGGAUAAUUCGACAUGGUGCUAAACUAUUAUAUGCUAUUGCUGAAGCAACUGUUCCAAAACUAACAAUUAUUACUAGAAAGGCAUAUGGUGGGGCGUACGAUGUCAUGUCCUCAAAACAUUUACGAGGUGACAUAAAUUAUGCAUGGCCUACGGCUGAAGUAGCCGUAAUGGGUGCUAAAGGUGCUGUGUCAAUCCUAUAUCGUGGUAAAGAAAAUGUUACCGAAUUAGAAAAUGAAUACAUGGAUAAAUUCGGCAAUCCAUUUCCAGCAGCUGUACGUGGUUUUGUUGAUGAUAUAAUUGAGCCACGAACAACACGAUGGCGAUUAAUUCGUGAUUUAACAUUAUUAUCAACGAAAAAAUUAAAAAAUCCUAAGAAAAAACAUGGAAAUAUACCACUGUAAAGAAUUUGUUCGGUAAUAAAAACACUUUUUUUAUGCAAUACA